AUGGCGAAGCUUCUUGACUCGCGCAUCAGAUUCACCCGCCGCCUCGACGACGGCUGGAUCGCCGCCGUUCAGAGGCCUCACCGCCAGCACCACUGCUUCCACACCAAAUCUUUUUGUACGAGAGUUUUGAUUCUGUCCUCUUUGAGGCUGCCCAACCUUUGUUCGGCUUCACGGUACUGCGCGAACCCCCUGGGUUGCUGUGAUGUUAGCGAUUAUGUUUCGAAUGGUACUCUCGCGGACCAUCUGCACGGGUCGGAGGAGCUUGUAUAGGAGCGUUCGCUGACGUGGCCCGUGAGGGUUGAUGUAGCUUUGCAAACUGCUUCUGCGCUUGAGUACUUGCAUUUUGCCCUUAAGCCUCCUGUUGUUCAUAGAGACAUUACGUCGAGUAAUAUAUUUGUUGAGAGAGAUAUGAGGAUUAAGGUCGGGGAUUUUGGGUUGUCGAGGUUACUGUCUCUACCCGACCCAAACUGCUCGUCCGGCUCUUCGACGGAGUAUGUUUGCUGCACUGGGCCCCAGGGAACGCCAGGAUACCUUGACCCUGAGUAUCACCGGUCGUUUCGGCUUACUGAAAAGAGCGAUGUUUAUAGCUUUGGAGUGGUUUUGUUGGAGCUCGUGACGGGGAUGAAGGCUGUGGAUUUGAGAAGGGAUAAGAGGGAAGUUUCAUUGGCUGAGUUUGUGGUGUCGAAGAUUCAGGUCGGGGCUUUGCAUGAGGUUGUGGACCCGAUAUUGGUGAGGGGAGGGAAUGUGAUGGAGAGUAUUGAGGCGGUUGCGGAGCUGGCGUUUCGGUGUGUGGCUGGAGAGAAGGAUGAUAGGCCGAAUGCGAGGGAGGUUGUUGAGGAGUUGAAGAGGAUUAGGGGAUUGAUAUAAGGGUUCUGAGAUUUUUGAUUGCCAUUUUGGGACACUGGAUGGUGGUAAAGGCUGGGUAUGCAAUGCCCAUUUGUAGGAAAGAUCUCAACUGCUAUGAAGUUGGGCUAUGAAAGAGUUUUGUUUAUGGCAUAUUGCUUAAGAGCAAGCACAUCUUUGGCGAACAAGGAGUUUGAAGACCUUCUUGAUGUUCAUCACGUGCACAAAUCAUUUUAAGCCACAUUCUAAGUUGCCAACCCGUAUCAAGCAUAGAGCGCAGAUUUUCAAAACGAGAAAAGGACACUGCUGUUAGGUGACACUGUUGCCCUUGAAGAAGAAAUCAUAAGGCUAAUGCUCUAGUUCACACUUGAGUAUGGUAUUGUGAAGCCAGGUUCAUAAUUUAGUUGUGGGUGUUCUUGAUGGUAACCCAAUAUGAGCUUUCAUGUAACACUGAAAAGAACAACAUUUCAUUGGAAAAAAAUGAGUUAAGAUGGAUAAGUCUUCUGAAAUUACUCUUUUUUGUUUUACUCCUUACUUGUUAUGUGACUUAUGUCUGCUUCCGAUGCC